UCGGCUUUGUGGUCAAGGCGAUGAUAAGGAAGAAAGCUAUAGUUUGUGAGCAUUCAAAUCAAAGAAUGAAGAUCACGUUUGCAGCAUUCUUCCUUCUCUUCGUCUUCACCACAAAGCCACUGCUCGGAGCAGCCAAUGCCGCACCAGAACAAGUUGUUGAUACUUCCGGCAAAGUGGUCCGAGCAGGAGCCAAUUACUACGUAAUUCCCGCAAACGGCGGUGGGCUUGCUCUUGCAAGCAUAGGAGAAGAAUGCCCACUAGAUGUUGUGGCUGUCCAAGGCUACUCCGGCCAACCAUUGUCGUUUACACCCGUCAACCCUAAGAAAGGCGUCGUUCGUGUCUCUACUGAUCUCAACGUCGUGUUCUCUGCAGACACAGAUUGUCCUCAGUCCAACGUGUGGAAGCUCGACGACUACGAUUAUGCCGCCGGACAGUGGUUCGUGACGACGGGUGGGGUCACCGGCAAUCCAGGGUGGCAAACAGUGAGCAAUUGGUUUAAGAUUGAGAAGUAUGAAGAUAGUUACAAGUUGAUGUACUGCCCAACUGUGUGCAGUUACUGUACUGUGCAGUGCAAAGGUAUUGGGAUAUAUGUUGAUAGCGACGGAAACCAGCGUCUUGCUUUGAGCGAUUCGCCGUACAAAGUUCAGUUUCAGAGAGCCUGAAGAUUGCUCCAUCAACAAGAAUUUCAUGAGUAAUGUAUAAUUUAUAGGUUUCCCAAGCAGCUGGGUUUCUAUAUCCUGCUAUCUCCGACUAAUAAAACAACGAAUAAAUAAAUAAGCUGGUUGAGCUUUUUAUGCCCAUGCA